AUGACGUGGACCGGCUCGUGCAUGUGCUCCAACAUUAAAUACAAAGUCGAUCUUCCCGCCGACAUAGAGCCCCCAAAGCUCACCCUCUGCCACUGCACAACCUGCAAACACUACACGGGCUCCGCCUUCUCCGCCAACUUCUGCGUCCCGAAAGACAAACACUCCUUCACACAGGGCACCCCCAAGGUCUACUACGGCGACACCGACCACGGGCGCAAAAUCAAGCGCCAAUUCUGCGGCGACUGCGGCUCGCCUCUCACGUCUGAGCCGGGGCACUUGGUAGGCAAGAUCCUGGUCAAGGCGGGCACGUUGGACGCGGACCACAAGUUGCGGAUUGGGGGGGUGGGACAUGAGAUUUAUCAUCAUCGGAAGGAUAGAUGGGUGCAUGAUGUUGGGUGUGACCAUGUGACUAGAGUGGAUGGGGAGAUUUAG